AUGAGUUUAUCCGUUCCUCUCAUCAUCUUGAUCAUGCGCUUUCUUGUUUCAUUGAUGAUGUUUUAUCUUAUAUUUUCUGCCUCUUCUUCUGUUGUGCAGCCCCUGUGCCAUGAUGAUGAGAGAUUUGCCUUGUUGCAAUUCAAGGAAAGCUUCAUCAUCAAUCAGUCCGCGUCCAAACAUCCAUUUGCUUAUCCGAAGGUUUCAUCAUGGAAGCCUGAUCAAAUCAGUGAUUGCUGCAAGUGGGAUGGUGUAGAGUGCAAUAAGGACACUGGUCAUGUCAUUGGCCUCAAUCUCAGUAGCAGCUGUCUUAAAGGUUUUCUCAACUCCAAUAGCAGCCUCUUCCGCCUUGCUCAUCUCCAAAACCUCAAUCUGGACGACAAUGACUUUAACUCUUCUCCACUUCCAACUAGUUUUAGACAGCUUUCCAGGCUAACAGUGCUCAACCUCGCAGCCUCUAUAUUUUCUGGCCAAAUCCCUAAAGAAAUUUUCGAACUCUCCAAGUUGGUUUCCCUAGAUCUCUCAUAUAAUCAAUUGUUGAAGCUCCAAGAAUCUGGCCUAACAGUUAUAGCUCAAAACUUCACAAACUUGGAAGUACUACAUCUUGCCUCCGUUGUUAUAUCAUCCAACGUACCCAAUAUCUUGGCAAACUUAACUUCUUUAACAGAUCUAUCUCUACGCCAGUGUGACUUGCAUGGUGAAUUUCUUGUGGGAAUUUUGCAUCUACCUAAGCUUCAGCGUCUUAAUAUAGAGAAUAAUGAAAACCUCAAGGGCUGCAUCCCAGAAUUUCACAAAACCAGCCCCCUUAAAUUAUUGAGACUUGGAUUCACGAGCUUCUAUGGUGAGAUACCGGAUUCAAUUGGUCACCUCAAGUCCUUGAUUGACUUUACUGUGUUUAAUUGCAAUAUCUCGGGAGAAAUACCAUCUUCACUAGGUAACCUUACCAAUCUAAUUGUUUUACAACUUCAAUCAAAUCGGUUGCACGGUUCAGUUCCACAGUCAAUAUCAAGGCUUGUAAAUCUUGAAAUUCUGUCUCUCUAUGAUAACUAUUUGAGUGGCAGGGUGGAGUUUGAGUUGUUUCUGAGACUUGGAAACCUAUAUGUAUUGCAGUUAUCUGGAAACAAUAUUUCAUUGCUUACAAAUCCGAGUACCAACUCAACUUUUCCAAAAUUUGGAAUAUUAUUACUAGAUGAUUGUGACUUGCGUGAGUUCCCAGAGUUUCUGAGGAACCAAGAUCAGUUGGAGCUAUUAGAGCUUCGCGGAAACAAAAUUUACGGCCAAGUUCCAAAGUGGAUGGGGAACGUAAGUACAGAAACUCUCUGGGAAUUAGCUCUGGAACGCAACUUUCUCACCGGUUUCGACCAACUUCCAGUUAAUCUAAAGCAACUGAAGCUCGAUUCUAACAUGCUUCAAGGAUCAGUGCCAAUCCCACCUCCUUCUAUUUCUAUCUAUACGGUCUCAAACAACAGACUAACAGGAGAAAUUCCACAUUUGAUUUGCAAUCGAAGUUUAAUAACUACGCUCGAUUUGUCAAGAAACAACUUGAGUGGCCUUCUUCCUCAAUGUUUAGGCAACUUGAGUGAUUCUCUCUCAUUGAACCUACACGGUAAUAACUUUCAUGGAACCAUUCCUCAGAUCUGUGGUGAAGCAAAAAAAUUGAUGAUGAUUGAUUUCAGCCAAAAUCAUUUACAGGGGCGUGUACCGAGAUCGUUGGCCAAUUGUACCAAGCUUGAAGCUCUUAAUCUUGGUAACAAUCAGAUACAUGAUAUUUUUCCUUCCUGGUUGGGCAUUCUUCCAGAGUUGAGGAUUCUCAUUUUGAGAUCUAAUGAACUCUAUGGUACAAUAGAAAGUUCUGAUAGCAAUUUCGACUUCCCGAAAUUGCACAUCCUUGACCUCUCAAAUAAUGAUCUUACUGGCAAGUUGCUCUCUGAACACUUCCAAAAUUGGAAAGCCAUGCAAAUCAUCGAUGCCAAGAGCUUAAAGUAUGUGGAGCAAUACCAAGCUGUAUUGACACAUGAUGGAGAUCGGAUACGCUAUUACUACUUUUUCUCAAUGACAAUGAUCAAUAAAGGCACGGAAACGGUAUACCAGAAAGUCCUUGAUUUCUUCAAAGCUAUUGAUCUCUCGAACAAUAGAUUUGAAGGAGAAAUCCCAGACUUGGUGGGGAAUCUUAAAGGACUUAAUUUGCUCAACCUUUCCUCAAACUUUCUCACAGGACCUAUCCCAUUUACAUUGGCAAACUUGGCAGGGCUAGAAGCAUUGGAUCUGUCUCAAAACAAGUUGUCUGGUGUGAUCCCUCCGCAAUUAACAGAACUCACUUUCCUUUCACACUUUAAUAUCUCCCAUAAUCACUUGAAAGGACCUAUACCACAAGGAAAACAAUUCGACACAUUCGACAACAGUUCAUUUAGUGCGAACCCUGAAUUAUGCGGAAGCCCUUUGUCAAAGAAAUGUGGGAAUCUUGAAGACUCACUGCCUCCAUCUUCAAGCCACAACUCAACAAACCACAACUCAGAGUUCUCAUUUGAAUUUGGUUGGAAAGUAGUCGCAUUGGGAUACGGAUGUGGAUUCGUGUUUGGAGCUGUGUUUGGGCAAAUCAUGAUCACAAAGAAGUAUGAUUGGUUUAUGAAAAUGUUUGCAAUUUGGCAGCUAGGAAGAAGGGUGAAUUGGAGGGGCCGCAGAAAUUAA